UGGCACUGGUGCGAGACUCUGGGCUUGGCAGGCGAGGGAGCCCUCCGUGGCUUGGCAGAGGAGGAGGAACCACUGUGGCACAUUUCAGAAGCAUUCUGCAACGGCCUGGCGUGACGGACUGAGGAGGAAGAGGGAGAACUGUUUCUCUCUCUCUCUUGCGUGUCCCUGUCUCUGUGACCGUGUGUGUGUGUGUUCUCUCUGACCUCAGACGCUCCGUGGACCGGUGUGUGUGUGUGUGUCCGCCUGCAGGCUGAGUGAGCCUGGGCACAAGGUGGGGACGGUGGCAGGGGCCGGCGUAUGGCAGUGGGGGGGGCGCGUGUCGCCAGGGGAGGGUCGGGGCGGCUGGGGGUGGGGGGCAUGGGUGCGGACACAGAGGCCCGGGGAUCUGCGCCCGCUGCUGGGGGCGGCGGGGGAGAGGACCAGCCGUGUGGGGGGCAUGCGCUGCUCCCUGCGUGUGUGGGUGCUGCUGGCAUCCCUCGCCUUGCUGUUCCUCACCUCACUGCUGUUCUCGCUGUCGUUGCGGGGAGGCGCUGCUGCGCUGCCCUACCUGGACUCGGAGGGCUGGGAGGAGUCGCGGCGGGUCAAGCUGGUGCCCAACUACGCCGGCGCGCACAGGCCCGGGCCGCUGGACAGCGCCCAGCAGAAGACCUGCGCCUGCCCGCGCUGCGUGGCCGACCCGGGCGUCUCCGACUGGUUCGACGAGAACUACGACCCUGACAUCUCACCCGUGUGGACGCGAGACAACAUCCAGCUGCCAUCAGACGUCUACUACUGGUGGGUGAUGCUCCAGCCCCAGUUUAAGCCCCACAGUAUCCAACAGGUGCUGCUGCGGCUCUUCCAGGUGAUCCCCGGCCGCUCCCCCUACGGCUCCUGGGACCCUGGCCGCUGCCUGCGCUGCGCCGUGGUGGGGAAUUCUGGGAACCUGCGCGGGGCCGGAUACGGACCAGUCAUCGACAGACACAACUAUAUCAUGAGGAUAAACCUGGCACCCACCGUGGGCUAUGAGGAGGACGUGGGCAGCCGAACUACCCACCAUUUCAUGUACCCGGAGAGUGCCAAGAACCUGGCGGCCAACGUGAGCUUCGUCCUGGUGCCCUUCAAGACACUGGACCUGCUCUGGAUCACCAGCGCUCUCUCCACUGGGCAGAUCCGCUUUACUUAUGCGCCUGUGAAACAGUUUCUGCGAGUGGACAAAGACAAGGUUCAGAUCUUCAACCCGGCCUUCUUCAAGUACAUCCACGACCGCUGGACCCGGCACCACGGCCGCUACCCCUCCACUGGCAUGCUGGUCCUGUUCUUCGCCCUGCACGUGUGUGAUGAGGUGAAUGUAUUUGGCUUCGGCGCCGAUAGCCGAGGAAACUGGCACCACUACUGGGAACAGAACCGCUAUUCGGGAGAGUUCCGCAAGACGGGGGUCCACGAUGCCGACUACGAGGCCCAGAUCAUUGACUCUCUGUCCAAAGCCGGCAAGAUCACCAUCUUUCCCGGAAAAUGAGGACAAGAGGGGUCGGGAUGAGGAGAGUGGAUGAACUGAAACACCUACCACCCCACACACUAUCUUUAAAAGCAGACUGUGCUUCAUCCGCCAGACUGUGUCUUGAGGAACUCUUCCAUUGAUGUUGUAUGUGCUUUGGACUGAGAGGGCUCCAAAAACCAGUCCUAAUCAGGACUAAGUGACUCAUGUGCCCUGCCCUCAGUGGACAGGCAGUACUCUCCUGUGAUUGGUGGCCUACCUCAACACUAAAGAAGACGUGGGCCAGACUGUGGAGCUUCCACCCCUCUUUUUCACUACUCUAUGACCUGUGGACACGUUAGUAACAGCAGAGACAUGGAGGACAACCACCGCCCACCACUCCCACACCUCUCCCGUUGAGUCCUGGGGGGGGGGGGGGGGG